UUUAGCUGCCGGGCCGGGCCAGGUACGGCUAGCUAGGGUAGAAAAUCAUUUUCUAACUUGUCGGCAGAGUCGUCUAAAAACUUUCAAUUCCAAUUCUGAUUAAAAAAAAAGUGAAUUAAAAAAAAUAUUUAUUGGUCCGAACAUUUUGAAACUUCUGCCAGUCAUGGGUGACGAGAAUUUUAGGAGCCUUGAGCUCAACGAGGUGUCCGGUGAGUAUACCCUGGCGGAGAUCGAAGUUGGCGACGAGUCGCAGCUGAGUUUCAGCCACCUGCCGGGUGCCACAUUGCUGGCAUCCAGCGAGGGAAGCAGCCAUGUGCAGCGAAUUGUCGGCCAGGAGGAACUGGUCCAGUUCUUUGCCAGGGCACCGCCACCCAUCAUGCAGAUGUCAACUGAAGUGGUGUUGCAGCGCACUCUGGAGCAUCCAGCGCUCAAGCAGAUACUCCAGGAAGCCGACGGCCAGCCAGAUUUUGAUCCGGCAGCAGAGCAAAUGAAAAUUCGCGAAUUCCUGGCGGGCGUCACCAACAACAAGAUGACCACAGAGGAAUCUGUCUUUCAAGCCCAACGCAUGAGCGCGUCUUCGACUGGGACACGCAUCUACAAGUGCCGUCAUUGCGGUGGAAAGUUCGAUGCUAUGUACUUUUCAAGCCACAUUUGUUUGCCCGAGGAAGCUGCAAAGCCAGCCUGUGAGGCAGCUGUUCAGCAGGAUAAGCCACGAACAGUGAAGGCGUCGACGGGUGCUGUCCCAGCGCCGCGUUAUAUUCGAGGCAGCGAGCGCGUCAUCUUGGAAAAUCAAAUUCGCCUUCGGCGCUACAUGAAGGACGAGCUGAAGUACGAUGUCACCACGGGCAUGGACAAUUCGCUGGGCAGGAAGACAGGCAAGCAGCCCAACGAGUGCCCUAUAUGCGAUCGGCAGUUUGUGCAUCCCUCUGGCCUGGUGCGCCACAUGGAGAAGCAUGCCCUGAACCUGAUCGCCCCACAGACGAAUGCGCCAUCAAGCCCGGCUCCGCCUGCCGCCGGCCUGGCUGUGGUGAUAAAGUGCAACGAAUGUGGCCGCAUCUUCUAUGAUUGUAAGCUGGCCAUGCGCCAUAUCCGUGUGCAUUAUCCCGAAAAACCGAAUUUUGGCGGACCCCUCACGGACGGGAACGAAUCAGAAAAGAAAGAGUUCGUUAAGCGUAUGCAGAAGGGGGAGUUUCUCUUCCUAUGUGUGCACUCAAAGAAACGGAGCUUCCACCAGAAGCAGUCGAAGCGAGCGUUGGAGGCCGGGCUAUUCUGUACCGUCAUCCUGGGUAGCGUGCUGCAGUGCGAGUUCUGCGAGUUCGUGUUUGCGGAUAUUGAAAUGCUGCUCGUCCACUCGGCCGCUCACGUGGUGGAGAGGCGCUUCGAGUGCACCGCCUGCGGCAUUACGAUGAACAUGGCCAAGGAGGCCAGUGUCCAUUUCCAGACGGAGUGCAUCUUCAUGCGCGAAGAACUCAAGCGGCUGGAUGUCUCUCUGUUUCGAUAUUUUGUGUGCAAUGUGUGCGAGCAAAAGUUUUCCACCGCCGACCUGCUGCAGGAGCACCGAUACAUCUACUACCACUACUUUCCACGCCUCAACGCGGACGGGAGUGCCCUGCUGCUGCCCUGCGAGUAUUGCGAUGUCAACUUCACGCAAGCCCACGAGGUGGAGGCGCACAACCAGGAGAAGCAUCUGAACAAGAAGAGGCGCGAAAAGGAGACGCGCACCAACGGCCCUGGCCUCGGAAACGGCCGCCUUCGCCAGUACCUGUGCGACGUCUGUGGAAAGUCGUACACCCAGUCCAGUCAUCUGUGGCAGCACUUGCGCUUCCACCAGGGUGUCAAGCCCUUUGCCUGCCAAGAGGCCAAUUGCGAUAGGAAGUUCACAAUCCGUCCGGACCUCAAUGAUCACAUCCGCAAGUGCCACACUGGAGAGCGACCGUAUCAUUGUCUGGUGUGUGGCAAGCGCUUCCUCACCGGCUCUGUCUUCUAUCAGCACCGUCUGAUACAUCGCGGGGAGCGGCGCUACGAGUGCGACGAGUGCGGCAAGCGGUUCUACCGAGCCGAUGCCCUGAAGAACCACCAGAGGAUCCACACUGGCGAGAAGCCAUAUAGCUGCCUCUUCUGCACCAAGACCUUCCGCCAGCGCGGAGACCGGGACAAGCAUAUACGUGCACGACACUCCCAUCUGGACGCUAAUUCGCGUCUUAUGAUGCAGAUGCAGAAGUUCCAGCUGGAGUCGGCGGAAGCUUUAAAGGCCAGACUCCGGCAUGAGCAAACGGGCGACGGCGACAGCUACUCGGCUGAAGCUUCAGUAUCUCAUGUCGGUCAUGACGAAGAUGGUGCAAUUAAAUUAGCUACGGAAGAUCAAGAGGGAAGAUAUUAUGAGGCAAUGAACGGAUUCCACACAAACAACUUUGGGAUGCAGCAGUGUGUGGAGGAGGCUGAGUCCACGCCUAUGAACGAAGAGGAAAAUCAAGAAAUAAUUGUGUACGAGAACCCAGAGCUAGAGCCAGCAAUGUCUUAUGAACCGAAUGCAGAACCACAGCAAAUGGAACAGGAGAUUCCAGUGAAGCCCGAAAGACCAAAGCGUAAGAUUGUGGUGGUAAAGAAUAAUCCAUCUCUACCACUCUACCCAAAUUCAUACAUGUAAAACUAUGUAAAUAUGAACAAUUGAAAUAAACCGCCAAAUCAAGGUAAGCAAACUGCCAUCAAUAAUGGCUUAUCGCACAAAAGUAUCGAUGUCUUUUUGAAGCUAACCUGUGCAUCGAUGAAAAAUGUAUAUAACGACCUGAAUCAAAAAAAAAAAAAGUAUAAUUUUUCUCCGAAUUCGGAAAAAUAUUCCGUUGCAUAUGUAUCCCACAAAAUAUAAAUGUUUUCGGCCGUCCA